UGAGGGAAGGUAAAUGCAAAUAAAGAAGGGGUAUAAAGAGAGUCUUGCGAACGUAUGCAGUACAGAAGACAAAUAAGUUUAAAAGAAACUUUCUGCCUCGUUCGCUUUUCACUCUUGCAGUGCUCCCUCGGCAGUGUUCCACCUCGGCAAAAUAUCUGACUUGCUCAAUUCUGUAGAAACAAUCGAUUUCUGUUAAACCGCACGCCCACCAUAAGAUUAGGACUCUACUGAAGAUUAGUAGAUACGGGAGUCUACGGAGUGGGGAGGAUAGUUUUGCUUGUGGGGGUAACAUCUGGCGUUGAAACGGGGCUGCAGCUGAACUCAGCGAACAUCCAGCUGAUAUUUGGGCUUUGUUGUGCAUUAGGCAGAAAAUGUGAUUCCCGCGCAUACCCUGAACCUUGUUCUACUGUGUCUGUUAAAUACAGGGUUAAUUCACUGCCUGCAGUUCAGUUAAUCGAAGCUGUUAGCUCUGGGCAUCUAAUGCGUAACUUAUGACUUAAAUGAGGAACUCGUGUUGCCUAUUCAAGCACGGCUGGAUUCAGUAUUAACUUCUGCUAUAUUGAAGUCUGCAAUGGUUGUUCUGCACUUCUACACAAGCCCUAAGGAGAUCCCACCAUUGGAAGUGGGGAAGAGCCUGUUCCGGUAUGGGGACCAUCAUGUGAAAAAGAUUGAACAUGUAACUCAAGAACUCUGCUUCAAUGUGAAUUGGACAGCUCCAGUCUCCCCAACUCCACAGGACAGACAGAAGUUUGCAUGGAUUUUCCAAUAUCCCUUCAAUUCUGAGAACAUUUCUACUGAACCCUUCGUCAAGGAGCAGGAUGGAGAUUUGCUGGUGGAGGUUGGGCCUAGAUUGAACUUCUCCACAGCGUGGUCAACAAAUGCUGUGUCCAUCUGUCACUCCAUUGGGCUAACAGAGGUGGAUCGCAUUGAGUGCUCACGUCGCUAUCUGCUGAAGGUACAUAAUUUCAAGGAACUGGAUGCAGCUGCCUUGGGUGAGCUGGUUGCUGACUUUUAUGAUCGGAUGACGGAGUGUGUGUAUCAGCGACCCAUUGAGACUUUCCAAGUGUCGAUCCAGCCAUCACAGGUGAAUGAAGUGGAUGUGUUGAACGAGGGCAGGGAAGCACUGGAGAAAGCAAACCAGGAGCUGGGUCUAGCUUUUGAUUCAUGGGAUCUGGAUUUUUACACAGGAUUGUUUCAAAAGGUGGACCGGAAUCCCACUAGUGUGGAGUGUUUUGACCUAGCGCAGUCCAACAGUGAACACAGCCGCCAUUGGUUCUUUAAAGGGCGCUUGGUGAUUGAUGGAGAAGCCAAGGAGAAAAGUCUCUUUGAUCUGAUCAUUAAGACACAGGAUUACAGCAACAAGAACAAUGUUAUCAAAUUCUGUGACAAUAGCAGUGCUAUUGAAGGCAAAAGUGUUGAAUCUCUCUACCCCAGCAACGGAUCUCAAGCCAGCAACAUAGAGAUUCAUGAAACCAAGAGGCAUAUAGUCUUCACUGCUGAAACACACAACUUUCCCACCGGUGUGGCUCCAUUCAGCGGUGCAGCUACAGGAACAGGAGGUCGGAUACGGGAUGUCCAGUGCACAGGUCGAGGGGCACAUGUGAUUGCAGGGACAGCUGGUUACUGCUUUGGGAAUCUGCUCUACCCAGGUUAUGAGCUACCCUGGGAAGACCAAACUUUCACCCACCCUGGAAAUUUUGCACGACCACUGGAAGUGGUGAUUGAGGCCAGUAAUGGAGCUUCAGAUUACGGCAAUAAAUUUGGAGAGCCAGUCUUGGCAGGAUUUGCCCGCUCAUUUGGAAUGAUACUCCCCAGUGGGGAGAGGAGGGAGUGGAUUAAACCCAUUAUGUUCAGUGCUGGUAUUGGAACCAUUGAAGAUCAACAUGUCCGAAAGGAACAGCCUGAACCAGAGAUGGAGGUGGUGAAGAUCGGAGGCCCUGUGUAUCGAAUCGGUGUGGGUGGAGGGGCCGCAUCUUCCAUUCAGGUGCAGGGAGACAACACAGCAGAACUUGAUUUUGGGGCAGUGCAGCGAGGUGAUGCUGAGAUGGAGCAGAAGAUGAACCGAGUUCUCCGGGCCUGUGUGGAAAGACAGCAGAGCAACCCAAUCUGUAGCAUUCAUGACCAGGGAGCUGGAGGCAAUGGUAAUGUUUUGAAAGAGCUGAGUGAACCAGCAGGUGCCAGGAUAUACACCAGCAAAUUCAAGGUGGGUGAUCCAACUCUGAGUGUGCUGGAGCUGUGGGGAGCAGAGUAUCAGGAAUCCAAUGCUCUCCUCUUGCGUUCAAAGGACUCUGAGUUUCUGCGUGCUGUCUGCAAUAGAGAGAAAUGUCCUGUUGAUUUUGUUGGUAAAAUAACUGGAGAUGGAAUGAUAGUGUUGGUUGAUGAUCGAGAUGGUUCAAAGUCGGAGUUCUCCAAUGAUGAGCAGUCUGCUGCUUACCCUGUGAAUAUGAAGCUAGAGUGGGUCCUGGGGAAAAUGCCCCAGAAGGAGUUCAUUUUAAAUCGGAAGAAGCCCAGUCUUCAGCCUCUGACCCUACCGGCAGGCCUGAAUGUGAGGGAAGCCCUGAGCCGUGUACUGCGACUGCCCGCGGUAGCCAGCAAAAGAUACCUGACGAAUAAGGUGGACCGUUCAGUGACGGGUCUGGUAGCCCAGCAACAGUGUGUAGGACCACUCCACACUCCUCUUGCUGAUGUGGCCGUCAUUGCCCUAUCUUACUUUGAUACUGUGGGAGCUGCCACGGCAAUUGGAGAGCAGCCCAUCAAAGGGCUGGUCGACCCUGGGGCUGGAGCCCGAAUGGCUGUCGGGGAAGCUCUGACUAACCUGGUGUUUGCCCGUGUGACGGACCUCAAGGAUGUUAAGUGUAGCGGUAACUGGAUGUGGCCAGCUAAGUUGCCGGGGGAGGGUGCAGCUCUGUACGAUGCCUGUGAGGCCAUGUGCUGUGUAAUGGCUGAACUUGGAAUUGCUGUGGAUGGUGGAAAGGAUUCCUUGAGUAUGGCUGCUCGUGUGGGUCAGGAGACCGUCAAAGCCCCAGGCUCCCUCGUGGUCUCCGUUUAUGCAAUGUGUCCUGACAUCACCACCACUGUGACUCCUGACUUGAAAAACCCCCAAGAGCAAGGGGUGCUGCUGUAUGUACCUGUUACACCUGGUCAGUAUCGAAUGGGAGGAAGUGCUUUGGCUCAAUGCUACUCUCAGAUUGGCAACUGCUGCCCGGACCUGGACAGUCCACACAAUCUCAAGUCCUGCUUUGCUGUCACUCAGCAGCUGCUGGGCGAACGAUUGCUGAGUGCUGGCCACGAUGUCAGUGACGGAGGGUUACUCACAUGCUUGAUCGAGAUGGCCAUCGGAGGGAACUGUGGCAUUGAUGUCAGCAUUGAAAACAAAACUUGUCACAGUGAGACCAGCGUACUUGAGCUGUUAUUUUCUGAGGAGCUGGGUUUGGUGUUGGAGGUUUCAGAAGCAUCUGCCAACGAAGUGAGUUCUCGGUACAAAGCAGCGGGACUUCAGUGCUGGCGGAUUGGUUCCACCAUUGGACAGGGUUCCCAGAGCACAAUUACAGUGCAAGUGAACGGAGAGGAGGUUCUCGCGGAGCAGCUGGCCACUCUCCGCUGCUGGUGGGAAGAGACCAGCUUCCAACUGGAGAGACUGCAGGCCAACCGGGCUUGUGUGGAGGAAGAGGAGAGAGGGAUGGAUCAUCGCACGGCUCCCAAAUACACUCUGAGCUUUGAACCAGUCACCAGCCCUAGACCAACAGCUGGGUUAGCUGAUUCUAAGCCACGAGUGGCUGUGAUGCGGGAAGAAGGCAGCAACGGUGACCGGGAAAUGGUGGCGUCACUUGUUAUGGCCGGAUUCCAGGUUUGGGAUGUGACCAUGACGGACAUCUGUUCAGGACUGGCUCUGGAUUCAUUCCGUGGGCUGGUGUUUGUUGGAGGGUUCAGUUAUGCUGAUGUUCUGGGCUCAGCAAAAGGUUGGGCUGCAACGGUGCAAUUCAAUGCCAGAGCACAUGCCGAGUUUUCCAGGUUCCGUUCCCGGUCUGACACCUUUAGCUUGGGUGUGUGCAAUGGCUGCCAGCUGAUGGCACUGCUCGGCUGGGUGGCUUCAGAGACAGAGCUAUCAGAAGGUGAUGGAUUGAAGCAGGGUGUCCUGCUGACGCACAACCGUUCUCAUCGCUUUGAGUCACGCUUUGUUACAGUGACCAUCUUGGAGAGCAGCUCACUUCUGCUGAAUGGGAUGGCAGGUUCAACCCUCGGCAUCUGGGUUGCUCAUGGAGAGGGUUACAUGCAGUUUGAGUCAGAAAGAGUGCUACAGAUGGUAACUGAGAACGGCCUGGCUCCAAUCCGAUACUGUGAUGACUUGGGUGUUCCAACGGAACGUUAUCCUCAGAAUCCCAAUGGUUCUCCAUUUGGAAUUGCAGCGCUGUGCUCAGCUGACGGCCGGCACCUUGCCAUGAUGCCUCACCCGGAGCGUUGCACCUUACUGUGGCAGUGGGCCUGGAUGCCCGCUGAGUGGCAGCAGUCACUCACUGCGUCACCAUGGCUACGCAUGUUCCAGAACGCAUACGACUGGUGUCUGCAGAGUCUCUGAUGGCUGCUGUGGCUCUUGGUAUUGAUACUGACUACCCUCAUAGGUUCACCAUCUCAUCUUUGCUUGGAC